AUGAAGGUUCACGGCCGUCUUUACAAAGUUCAUCGUUAUUUCCUUGAACGUGAUUCUUUGUUCCUCCGCGGCGCAUUGUCGACGGUACAGGGAACUCAGAGUCAGCCAAUCGAGCUACAUGGAGUCUCAAAUCAAGAAUUUGAAAGCCUCCUGGAUUUCUUCUAUGAUGGAAUGUAUCGAAGCAGUGCUGAUGCAGUCCCAGUCUCCGAAUGGAUUAACUUGCUUGCAGCCGCCUCUGCGCUCAAAUUCAACAGAGCCAGAGAGCACGCGAUUGCCGCGAUCAGUGACGUCUCUCAGCGUCCAAACGCAAUUGAUAUGAUCGUCAUGGCAGAAAAAUAUGGGAUUACCAAGUGGCUACGCCCAGCAUACAUCUCAUUUUGCAAGCGAACAGAGCCUCUGCAGCUGAAUGAAGCAGAGAGGAUCGGGUUGGACAAGGUGGUGAAAUUGAUCCAGGCUCGAGAAGAAUUCUUGAGGGAAGGCCUUGGUGUCAAUGGAUUGCGCGCUGUUUCGCCACUGCCUAGUCCUUAUCCGUGGCCGCCCAGUAACAGGGUCCAAGGUUUAACCCAACGUACACCAACACCAACACAAACUGUUGACGAGGCGGCAAGAAUAGUCGACAGAAUUUUCUUUUCUGACAUUAAUUGA